AUGAAGGCUGUGAUAUUAAGAGACUCUAUAAAACAUCCCGGACACAAUGAUGUGAUUGAUGGAGGACAAAGUGGGAGCAGCAGGACACAGCAGCCUGGAGAAGCUGCCCUGUCAAUUGAAGAAAGCCAAUCCUGGAAGCUGCCUGUCCUGGAGGAGUUUCAGUCUAUUUGU